AUGAACUCAACUGCGCCGUCGUACACCUCGGCAGAGGUGUUGUACGCCAGCACCGACUUCAGCAAGUUAAACUGGCUGGAGACACAGUGGGCGGCCUGGUAUCUGUGGAUUGGGAACCCUGUCAUUGCGACAGGGCUGAUGAGUUUCCUCCUGCAUGAGAUUGUGUACUUCGGUCGUUGCCUACCAUGGAUCUUCAUAGACGCUACGCCGUACUUCCAGAAAUGGAAGCUGCAGCCUGACCGCAUCCCAACGGCCCAAGAACAGUGGGACUGCACAAAGCAGGUCCUCUACUCACAUUUCAUGGUCGAGCUACCGGUGAUUUGGCUUUUCCACCCCGUGGCAGAGAUGUUCGGCAUGUCCACCUGGCAGGUACCUUUCCCAUCGUGGCAGAUCAUGGUGCCCCAGGUUGCCUUGUUCUUCGUCUUUGAGGAUAUGUUCCAUUUCUUCGCUCACCAGGCGCUCCACUGGGGCCCUCUGUACAAGCACAUCCACAAAAUCCACCACAAAUACCCGUCGCCGUUUGGGCUCGCGGCGGAGUACGCGCACCCGGCUGAGGUCAUGAUCCUGGGAGCGGGCACAAUCCUCGGACCAUUGGGGUAUUGCUACAUCAAGAGGGACCUCCACAUCUUCGCAGUGUACGUGUGGAUUACGCUACGCCUGUUCCAGGCCGUGGAUGCGCACAGCGGGUACGACUUCCCAUGGUCGUUGCAGCACAUCCUUCCCUUCUGGGCGGGUGCGGAACACCACGACUUCCACCACAUGGCGUUUACCAACAACUUUGCGACGUCGUUCCGCUGGUGCGACCGCCUGUUCGGCACGGACAUCAAGUACCUCGAGCACCGCCGGCGCAUGAAUGAGUUGAAGAAGUCCGGCCUCAGCAGGGAGCAGUUCGCCGCGGCGGAGAAGAAGAUGCUUGAGCAGGUCGAGGCGGAGGGCGUCGUAGAGGCUGCCAAGGUCGAGGCGUAUCGGUAUGGCAGCAAGAAGGUGGCGUGA